AUGCCACCGAUCCUCCCCAAAACCCUGCCCACCAAGGCCCUCCUGCCCAAGCCAAGCCUCCUGCCCACCACCACACGAGCCUUCACGAACACGCCACACUCCAUGGCCGAAGGCGACACCGGCUCCCUCCGCCCACGCGGCGAAGCAGCCGCAGACAGCUGGACGCGGCGGGAGAAAGCCGCCGAAGACAUGUACAUCAAGCAGCGCGAAAAGGAGAUUAUGAAACUGUUGCGGGAGAAGAUCGAAGCGCAGGAGAAGAAGCUGGAGCUGGAUCGGGAGGUGUUGAGGUCGAUGCAGGAUCAGUAUGGGCUUGUUAUGGAGGGGAGGGAGUAA